AUGCCUGAUGAGAGUGAUGAUGAGGACAGUGUGGAUAGUGAAAUUGCUAAGGCCUAUUAUCCUUCUGAUAACGAGGAGGUCGAGAGUGUGGCAAGUGAUGAGGUGUACCCGUCUGAGGAGACGGAUGAUGAUGUGGCAGGCAUCACGGAGCGCGAGAUGCGCUGUCUUAGCCCAGAUUGCCACAGCAGCAGAGUCGAGGGGAUUAAAGUGCUGGUGCUCUCGAGCAGGGAAGCUGGCAUUCAUGGAGAGGACCUUCCAGGACGUACAGCAGCCAUACCGAUGCCGGCAUACUGGGCUGAACAUAGCAUGCAGGUGCGGCUGCAGGUCCUCUGCAUCACUGAGAUUCCCAUCCAGCAAAUCAGCUGCCAUGCUGCGUGCCCCUGCCCGCUUGGCUGCCUGCUUCCCUUCCUGCACUCACACCCAAAAACAUGA